ACAGUGAUUGUAAUUAUGGUUGAUUCAUCAACCCAACUUCUUUCCCAGUCUAAUUCAUCUAACUCACUUGCACAACAACCACAUCAAGAUGAUGAACAAAUCUCUACAAUUAGCUCCAUAGUUGAAGAGUGCAUUGGAGAACUCAAUUGGACUCAACUCCUUCAAGUUUUUCUAGUCUCCUUUGCUUGGUUCUUUGAUGGCCAACAAACAUUCAUCACCAUCUUCACCGAUGCACAACCGUCUUGGCAUUGCGCCAACCAGACUGGUAGUCGAUUCGCAAGUAACAAUUCUUGCGAAUCAACUACCAUGACUGCCAAGAGAGCUAGCAUUUGCGAGCUCUCAAAGGAUUUAUGGGCAUGGGACGAAUCUAAACAAGUCUCUAUAAUAUCAGAAUGGGAUCUAGAAUGUGUAAAUACAAUCAUUACAGGACUUCCAGCUUCCAUGUUUUUCACCGGUUGCUUAAUUGGAGGCAUUGUUUUGGCCACUCUAGCCGACGCCUCGCUCGGUCGCAAGAACAUGAUAUUCUACUCAUGUCUUUUAAUGUCCUUCUCUUCCUUCCUUGCUUCCUUCUCUACAAAUAUUUGGAUCUAUUCUGCACUCAAAUUCGUUUGUGGAUUUGGCCGUUCCACCCUUGGAACCACCACACUUGUUCUUGCCUCCGAAUUAGUCUCCAAAAGAUGGCGCGGUCAGGUAGGUGUCUUUGGUUUUCUAGUGUGUACUUUAGGGUUCUUAACCUUGCCACCAAUAGCUUACUUAAAUAAAGGUUCUUCGUGGAGAAAUUUCUAUAUAGUUACUUCUCUUCCGGGCAUUUUAUAUUGCAUAUUAGUCUAUUUAUUUCUUCAUGAAUCUCCAAGAUGGCUUCUCAUUAGAGGAAGGAAAGAAGAAGCUAUUAAAGUAUUGAAAAGUAUCACAUCAUUAUCACUCACUACUCAAAGUGAUUACUUGGAUUUGGCUAUCUCCAACAUCAUGCCCCUUAAGGAAGAAACUAUGAAAGUUGAUCUAUACUCAACUUUCAAGAUCUUAAUGCAAAAUAGAUGGUCUUCUAGAAGGAUAAUGGUGAUUGUAGCCAUGGGUUUAGGAAUUGGAUUAGUCUAUUAUGGUAUGCCACUAGGAGUUGGAAUGUUAUCAUUCAAUCUUUAUUUAAGUGUCACAUUUAAUGCAUUGUUAGAGAUACCAUCUACAAUCCUCACUUUCAUAUUCAUACACAAGUUCAAUAGGAAAAGCAUGCUACUAUUUCUCACUACACUAAGUGGGAUUUCAAGUGUUUUGGCUAGCAUUGAAGUGACGAAUUUUACAAUUUCGUUGCAACUUGUGUUCGAAUUGGUGUCUUUCUUUUGUGCUUACACUGCUUAUAAUGUUCUUAUAAUAUUUGGGAGUGAGUUGUUCCCAACUUGUGUGAGAAAUUGUGCAUUAUCUUUGUUGAGACAAGCUGUGGCAUUGGGUGGUACAAUUAGUCCAAUGUUAGUAGGAGCUGGUAGAGAGCAUAAUAAUAAGUUUCUAUGUUAUGGGAUUUUAGGGUUGGCAAUAGGGUUUCUUGGCUUGUUUGGUUUGUGUUUGCCAGAGACAAAGGACAAAGCAUUUUGUGAUACCAUGGAUGAAGAAGAAGAAGAAGAAAGCAAAUAGGAGAAGUAUAAAAUUGUGUUAAAACAAUAAUUAUGUAAUAAUUAAUGAGGUUUGUUAUUAUGUUAUUAUUAAGAAAUAAUGUUAUUUUCAUCAUGUAUAUAUAUCUAUCUAAUUAACUAUAUAUUAUUUAUGUA